AUGAAAUCAUAUAAUACGCAACUACGUUCAUCAAGAUCUUAUUGUUCUUGGAUAGCUGGUAUAUUGUUGACUAUUGCUUGUAUAUUAUUUAUUAUAAGUCAUAUACAUGUUCGUUGGAGUAAUUUUCCAUUUGCAUAUCGAAAUAUUGGUUCAGUUUAUACUGGUUUAUGGUAUCGACAUGCAGUUUAUAGUGGAAGAUUAGUUAAAUUUAGAAUAAUAUGUGCAAAUGAAAGAAUGCCAUGUAUUAAACUCAUUAUAGCACGGAUCUUUAUGGUUAUGACUUGUAUUACAUCGGGUAUUGGAGCUAUAUAUCUUUUUAUUAUUUCUAUGUUUAAAAAUAUCAAUAAAUCUAUUAUGUAUAUUGGUGGAUUCAGUUUGGCUUGUCUUUCUUUUGUAUUGGGUACGAUUGGUUUUUUAUUUGGACUUAGUUGGGUUAUUCAAUUUGAAAGAGAUAAUAUUGGUAGUGCUGCUAUAUGCGCUUUAGUUGGUUCAUUGUUUUCAUUUAUUAGUGCCAUUUGUGCUUUUUUUAUUAAUUCAAAUUAA